UUGCAGGCGAUAGAUCAUGUAUCAGUGUCAAUAAAACUGGUAAGUUUGAUUGGAUUCGGAAUUGCAGCACCACAAAUUAUCAUUUUUCACGGCCGUUUUAUCAGCAGCCCGGCUUGCCACUAUUACGAUUCCUCAUAUAUCCGCGUACAUGCUCCGGUGAGUGCGAGCCACUACGUCCCGAGAACUUUCGAAAAAAUGGCAAAUUUGAAUAUUGCCGGUCUGAGUUUUAUAUUGCCCGAAAGCAGCUGGCUAAUUGCGAGAAAGAACAACAAACAGCUUUUUGAUGCAUUUCCCGGAUCGCCUGAAUUAGCUGCACCGCUGCCAAAGGGUGGCAAAAAGAUCAUUUUUCCAGGCAAAAUGAAUGAUCAUCAAAAUUAG